ACCAUGGCGGGAGGAAUGAAAGUGGCGCUCUUGCCGGCAGUUGGUGCCGGGACCUGGAGUUGGGGGGCCGGGGUUGGUGGGGCAGUGCGGCUGCUUCUGGUCCUCUCCGGCUGCUUUGUCUGCGGCUCAGCCGAAAUUGAUUUAAAGGUGGUCACGCUUCAGGAGUCCAGAGUUCAUUAUAUGAAUACCAGUAAACAAUCCUGUUACAAAAAUGUGCUUAUCCCAAAGUGGCAUGAUGUAUGGACACGGAUACAGAUCCGGGUAAAUAGUUCCAAACUGGUCCGAGUCACCCAGGUGGAGAAUGAAGAGAAACUGAAGGAGCUAGAGCAGUUUAGUAUCUGGAACUUUUUUUCCUCCUUUUUAAAAGAAAAAUUGAAUGACACCUAUGUUAAUGUGGGUCUAUACAGCACAAAAACCUGCCUCAAAGUUGAGAUUUUAGAGGAAGACACCAAGUACAGUGUCACUGUGACUCGGAGAUUUGACCCCAAACUCUUCCUCAUUUUCCUCCUUGGACUUACACUAUUUUUUUGUGGAGACUUGCUGAGCAGAAGUCAAAUCUUCUACUAUUCUACUGGGAUGAGUGUGGGAAUUGUGGCAUCUUUACUAAUCAUCAUUUUUAUAGUGUCCAAGUUUGUGCCCAAGAAAAGUCCCAUUUACAUCAUCCUGGUAGGAGGCUGGUCCUUUUCUCUGUACCUCAUUCAACUAGUUUUUAAAAAUUUACAAGAGAUCUGGAGGGGUUACUGGCAGUAUCUUUUAAGCUAUGUCCUCGCAGUUGGAUUCGUGAGUUUUGCAGUCUGUUACAAGUAUGGGCCUUUGGAGAAUGAACGAAGUAUCAACCUGCUGACCUGGACCUUGCAGCUGCUGGGCCUAUGUUUUAUGUAUUCCAGUAUCCAGAUACCACACAUUGCCCUUGCCAUUAUCGUCAUUGCACUGUGUACUAAGAACCUGGAGUACCCUAUCCACUGGCUGUACAUCACCUACAGAAAGAUGUGUAAGGCAACAGAAAAGACUGUCCCCCCUCGUCUUCUGACAGAAGAAGAAUACCGGCUACAAGGAGAGGUGGAGACCCGAAAGGCUUUAGAGCAGCUUAGAGAAUACUGCAACAGUCCAGACUGCUCAGCUUGGAAGACUGUUUCUCGAAUUCAGUCUCCAAAGAGGUUUGCUGACUUCGUGGAAGGUUCUUUCCACCUCACACCCAAUGAGGUUUCUGUCCACGAGCAGGAGUACGGCUUAGGGAGCAUUAUAGCCCAGGACGAACUCUAUGAAGAAACAUCCUCUGAGGGGGAGGACUCAGAUUCUCGGUACCCCCUUGUCGUACAACAGAACAGCUUCCUGACUUAGGUGGAUUGACUUCGUACCUCAGGGGUCCAGGUUGCGUGUGUUUGGUGUGCAAUUGCUUUUCAAAUCUUAGAAGCUGGGUGAGAUAACUGCAGAAAUUCUUCCACUGAAAUUAGAGGCCUGAGUAGACCUCCCUCUGGAAAUGGUCUCUAUGGGGUCCCGAGGAAGCAGAGUGGACAAUGUAGUGACUGCUUCCCAGUGCAUCCUGUUGGUUCAGUUCUCAGCCCACUUUAUAUUUCUGAAGAAACUGGAUUGCCGCACCUAGCCCAGGGCAUUCCAGUUCCUCUUUGAAGUUGGUUCAGUUGUGGCGCUUCAGACUCGGAAGUGAUAACUGUUACAUGUGAAUUAAUGCUUUCAGACUAUGGCAGCAUCUUCAGAGACAAAUCCACAAAUCUGAGCCUUUUCUACUUCUGCUUUCAUUUUGUGACUUUAGCAUAAUCCUUGUUUUAACUAUUCUAAGAGGAAAAUGGAUUAUUAUUUGCCUGUCUUGUUUUUUAAAUUAAUACAUUAAAAAAAAAAAAGUGAAACUUAUGUUCCAGUAAUAGCAAGUGCUCCAGAGUGACAAGCCUCCCACACAUUUAUUAAUAUGGAUAGUCCAUUACAGCCCCAGUAACUCCUGUGCUGAACUUUGAAUUAAUUCUCACACCUAUGAUAUUCUAAGUCCUGCUUACUUUAGGAACAUGCCUGCAAGCCCUUCUGUAGAUGAGGUCUGUUGGGGUUUUUAUUAUAUUGCAUUUGCCAAAAAGUUCGGGAUUUUCUGUAAGCUCCUUAUGGAAACAAAUUUUUUGACCAACCCAGUAUUUAACUUCCAUUUCCAAAUAGGCUUUCAGGCAUCCCUUCCAAUUCCUCUUUGUCUCCUUUGCCCUUUCAAGAAGGGUCUAUUCUCUCAUCUCUGAUUAUGUACAUUUCAGAUUGUUUUAUUUCUUAUAUUCUCUUCUCUUUGAUUUAUAGCAUUAUUCCCACUAAUUAGGAGAAGUGAUCUUACUUAGGGAAUUUAAGUGCUUUUUACUGGUUCUCUUAUUUUUCCUGUCCACUGGUCACACAUCUUUGAGUUGUUGUGAGAUCAAGAAAUUAUCUCCUUUUCCUUCCCCUUCCUUUGUCUACCCAUUCUAUUAAUACCUAUUCUUAAUAGUCUUUGCUUGGCACCUGUCCCUCUCCCUGCAGGAAGCCUGGCUCAUUUGUGGGCCCUGGAACUGUCUAUGAAGGCUCUUGACGCAACGUGCAUGUUGUAGCUAUGUGGCUGCCGCAGUUUGCAUUGCCAGGAGACAGACUUCCGGAUCAUCCUUGUGCCUCCGGGUGCUUGCGCGGCCGUCAGGAUCAGAUGUGCUCUCCUGUGAACUUCUUGUACUUGAUUUGCAAUUCCAUUUCUGACCAGAGGUUCCUGCUGCCUUUUAUUAUAGUGGCAUUGGUUUCACAUUCUUUUGCCAUUGGAAAGUACCCUUAUAAACCAGCAAUGCGAUUUAUGAGGGAGCAAAUUCCCAAGUCUGUGUCAUUCACUUGGUUCUGUCUUUGUGAUCCUCACCCUUGCACCUUGGAGAAAGCUGUAAAAAGCCAGGAAGAUAGACACUGAUGCAGGAGCAUAGCAUUGAACUGACUGACUCACCAUGUGCAGAAGACAGAUGAUUUUUAUUAAAAAUCUGCAAUGAAUGACUCCUUCAGACCACCCAUUUAACAGAUAAUUUUGAAAGGCUCUGGGCUCCAUUACUGACUUCAAGAAUGUCAGCUCCGAGACUCCCCUCCAGGUGGCCAGUUGAUUUUUUCCGACAGUGUUUCCCACAGCUUUAAACUGUCCUAAAAUGAUAACUACCUCAAUUGGCAAAUAGACUUAUAGAAGAAAGUGGAAAAUACAGUAUUUGGACAGAUGACAUGGGUUAAAUGCUUUACAUUAGGAAACCUUUCUACCUUUUUAGUUAUGUACAUGGUAGCAUUCUAUCCCUCUGCAGAAAACUAUUAAGGCUUCUGAAUUUUACUUUUUUUUUUGCCUCAUUUAUAGAAAUUGAAACAGCAUAUGUUUAAGCAUAAUCUGAUUUGAAAAAAUAAUGCAGCUGUACAAGUGGUCUCAGGGUUCCCUUGAGACUUUGGUACCUUCCCCACAUGGCCACUUAGGGAUAUGGUCACUUGCCUCUAGGCUAAUACUUCCUGACACCUGUCUUUAUUUCAGUGAGAAAGCACUGUGAAGUAGAGAAAGACUCUCAUCUGUUUCUGUUUAGUAAACUCCUUGUGAUAUACCA